ACGGCUCCCGGCCCCGGCUCCGGCUAACCUUCCUUUUCGUGCGUUGUCAAGAUGGCGGGUGCAAAUGAUCCGGCAGUCCUAGCUUUAGUGCAUGAUUACUUACUCAGGAAUCAUCUUAAUCUAGGACAGAUAUUCCAGAAGAAAGCUAAAGCUCCGGUCUUGCCCAAGGGUACUCCAUCGCUUGAGGAUGUCAUCCAACAUUUUCAGAGCACAUCAAAGAAAAAAAUCAGCAUUAAAGGAUCCGGGGCUAAAAAAUCAGACUCAGAGUCAAGCUCAGAAUCUGAAGACGAAGCACCCACCAAGACACCACAAGUCAAUGGAAAGUUGCCUAAAAAAAUUGCUGAACCACCUGGACAGAAAAAGAUGACUUUUGUUACUACCAAAGGCAAACCCAGCAGUAGUGAAGAAGACUCCAGCGAAGAUGAACCUCCAAAAAAUAACGUAAAAACCCCCCAGAAGCCACCAACCACUCCCAAGACUCCAGUGGCUAAGAAACAAGCCAGCAGCAGCGACGAUAGUGAUUCCGACACUCCUCCAGUUACCAAAAACAAAGCUGUUGUCAAACAGCAACCUGCUAAAUCCGUCCAAGCAAAGAAGGCUGAAUCCAGUAGUGAAGAAAGUAGUUCAGAUGAAGAUUCUAAACCAGCUUCCAAAUUACCUCAGAAAGCCGUAGUGAAAUCGACCCCAGCUAAAUCCACACCUGCAAAGCCAGUCGUAAAGAAAGCUGAAAGCAGUAGUGAAGAGAGUGACUCAGAUGAUGAGAAGACACCUGCGCCCAAAACACCUGCCAAGACCCCACCUCAAAAACCAAAACCUGCUAGUCCUGGUAAAACACCCUUCCCUAAGAAAGAUGAGAGCAGUAGUGAUGAUAGCAGCGAAGAAGACAGUAAACCCACCCAAAAAGUUCCUGUCAAACCACCAGUCAAGGCUCAACCAGCAAAACCUUCUCAACCUGAAAGUGACUCAAGUGAUAGUGAUUCUGAGGAAGAGCCUAAGAAACCUGCACUUCAAGUUGCUAAGAAACCAACACCUGCUGCAGCAAAACCAAAACCAGCAGCUAAGAAAGAAAGCAGCUCGGACGAUUCUAGCAGCGAAGAGGAGCCAGCUAAAGUUCAAACAAAAGCUGCCAAAGGGAAAGCUGUAACUCCAGCUAAGCCUGCGGCUGCAAAGAAGGACGACAGCGACAGUGACUCCUCAGACUCGGAAGAACCUCCAAAAGCCGCAGCAAAACCUGCUGCUAAACAAACGCCUGCCAAGAAACCGUCAAGUUCUGAAGAUGAUUCAAGUGAUGAAGACGAAAAACCCGCCAUAAAACUACCUCCAAAGUUAGGACAGAAACAGCAGGCAACUCCUAAACCUGCCCAGAAGAAAGCAGAAUCAUCAGACAGUGAUAGCUCAGAAGAUGAGAAACCUGUUAAGAAGCCUAUUGCUGCUGCAGCUCCUAAAAAACCAGAAAGUUCGUCUGAGGACUCCUCCAGUGAAGAUGAAACACCAGCCACAAAGACCCCUCAAAAUCUUAAACGGAAGCGAGAAGAUGACAACGACUCAACGGCGGUGGUUCCUUUCAAGAAAAAUGUCAACGAGAAAAACAAGUACAAGAAUUUUGUAAAAGCUAGUGACGGCUUUGAAGGAGAUGGAGAUAAAAAUGGUGAUGAAGAUGGCACAGAGAAGAGCAAUGAAACAAGCUUCAGGGGAGGCCGAGAGGGAUCACUGGGUCAAGGGGGUCCAGGGGGAUUUAGAGGCCGGGGGAGAGACAGGGGUGGUAGAGGGGGAUUUGACAGAGGCGGUCGGGGAGGCCGCGGAGGGUUUGAUAGAGGAGGCCGCGGAGGGUUUGAUAGAGGAGGGCGUGGAGGAUUUGACAGAGGAGGUAGAGGCGGAUUUAGGAAAAGUUGGGGAGACAAACAAGACGGAGAGGGUGAAGGUGGAGAGGGAGGAGGCUUCAGGAAGAGUUGGGGAGGUGGAGGUGACAGGGGGGGAAGAGGAUGGGGCCGAGGAGGUGACAGGGGUGGCAGAGGAAGGGGAGGAGAUAGAGGUGGAAGGGGUAGGGGAGGUGACAGGGGAGGAAGAGGGUGGGGAGGAAAUAGAGGAGGCGGAGGAUUCAAUAAGAGGGAUUCUUUUGGCAGCAAUAGCGGAGGAGGAGAGCCUCAGCAAAAUAAGAAAAUCAAAUUUGAUGAUUGAAGAAUGAGAGAAAUGCUAGAGGAUGCUGGGGCGAGAAGGCCGCCAAAGAUCUCAAGUUUACAAGAGGGAAGUCCUUUAGGCAUGAAAAAACAAAAAAGAAAAGAGGAAGCUACCGCGGAGGCCAGAUCGACGUUGGUGUAAAUUCU